AUGCAAUAAAAAAUGAAAAAUAUUAAAGAUACUUUUGCAUUUAUUUCCAUAUGUGCAUUCCUUUUUGUUCUCUCUUCUGCAUCUCAUGAUACUACUGGUAGUCCUUCAUAGCAUCCUGAUGUUAUUAACUACUAAGAUUUUACUUUGUAAUUUGAAGAUGAGUUUAAUCAAGCCGAUAUUAACACUAAGUAUUGGAAAGUUGGUGAUAAUUUCCUAAUAAAUUCUUUACAAUUUUAAAUUUAUACUAAAGAAAAUGUGAAAAUAAAAGAAGGUAACUUAGUUUUAAGUGCACAAUAUUAAUCAACGACCUUUGAGCAAAUAAAAUAUAAUUAUUCAGGAGGUUAUUUGGAAUCUAGAGGAAGUUAAGGUUUUAAAUUUAAAUAUGGCUAUGCUGAAGCAAGAAUUAAAUUACCUAAGUUACAUUUCUAAGAUUCAUCUUUUCCAGCAUUCUGGGCUCUUCCUGAUCCUGCUUAUAACGCAAGAUGGCCAUAUUCAGUAGAAAUGGAUAUAAUGGAGUAUUGCAAUGUUUGUAGUGGUAAAGAUACAAAUGAUUAUGUCUAUAGCGCAAAUAUUUAUGGCAAUAGAUAAUAAUAUGGAGAUUGUAGAAUCUGGUAUAGAUCACCAAUGAAACAAAUUACAUUCACUGAUUAUCAUCUUUAUGGAAUGCUUUGGACUGAAAAUGAAAUGACCUUUUAUAUUGAUGGCGUAGCUUACUAUAGCUAUGUUUUUAAAGAUCCUUCAAAUAACAAAAGUGUAGGUUGUCCUAUAGUUAUUCCUAAUAAAAAUUUCUUCUUGAUUUUUGAUUUUGCAGUCAUAAAGGAUUAUGCAAAACCUGAGCAUUACAAAGAACCUAAAGAAAUGUAUGUCGAUUAUGUUAAAGUUUAUUCGCUUAAUAAAAAAUGA